AGUACGCGUAGUGAUGUAGGCUGCACCUGCAAGUCGAACCAUAAUAGAAACAAAUGUCAGGGGAAAAACGGAAUUAAGUUCAUGUUCACAAAAUAUAUCGCCGUUAAUGUAAAACGGAGGAAAGGACGGGAAUUGCGACACGCAUCAAGCGCGUUUACGCGUGCGGCGAAGACCCAGUGGAAUAAAUAGACUCGUCAUCGGUCGGAUCAUUGAAAGCGGUCUUUCUUGCAGAUUUCGAGUUCCCUCGCCCUCUCUCCACCCUGCUGCCACCCCUCCGUGACCCCUCCGUGACCCCCCGGUGACCCCCCCGGUGACCCCCGCGCCGGCGAUGCUGCGCGAGGCGGGCAAACCGUGGAGCAACGGCUCGGCGGCGUACAGCAGCGACCCGGAGGAGGAAGAGGAGGAGGAGGAGAUGGUGUUCGGGGAGAACGACGAAGACGCGGAGGAGAUGAUGGACCUGAGCGACCUGCCCACGGCGCUGUUCGCCUGCAGCGUGCACGAGUCCGUGUUCGAGGACGACCUGCACCGGGAGCGCUUCGAGGCCCUCUUCCGGAGCUACGACGAGCAGACGUCCUUCCAGAUGUUCAAGAGCUUCCGACGGGUGCGCAUCAGCUUCAGGACCCCGGAGGCGGCCGCCCGCGCGCGGAUCGAGCUGCACGAGUCCGACUUCAACGGCAAGAAGCUCAAGCUCUACUUCGCCCAGGUGCAGAACUCGGGCGAGGACAUUGACAAGUCGUACCUGGCGCCCCCCCAACCUGCCAAGCAGUUCCUGAUCUCGCCCCCCGCGUCCCCGCCCGUGGGCUGGAGUCAGAGUGAGGACGCCACGCCCGUCAUCAACUACGACCUGCUGUGUGCUGUGGCCAAGCUGGGCCCCGGGGAGAAGUAUGAGCUGCACGCGGGCACGGAGUCGACCCCCAGUGUGGUGGUGCACGUGUGCGACAGCGAGACGGAGGAGGACGAGGAGGGGCGUCCCAAGCAGAGGAUCGUCCAGACGAGACGCCCCGACGCCCCGCCCGCCGUCUGCAACUAGCGCCCCGGCCGGGUCUCUCAGCCGAGAGACACACCCUUCAUUUCAGUUUCCAAAAAACAGACAGCGAGAGAGGGAGAGGGGGAGAUAGAGGGGGAGAGAGAGAGAGAGAGGGAGAGUGAGAGGGAGAGAGUGAGGGAGAGAGAGAGUGAGGGAGAAAGAGAGAGGGAGAGAGAAAGAGAGAGGGAGAGAGACAUUUUGGGUGGCGGGUGGAGCUUGCUGCCGGACUGACUGGGCCCAAGUAGGCGGGGCCACACUCUCACACACAUCACCGUGGAAACGGGGCCUCCAGCCUACCCAGAAUGCAACACCACUUUCAUUUCACGCUCUGCGCUGUACCCGCUUGCAUUGUGUUUUCACACAUUCUUUUUUGUAUUUAUAUUAAAAUUAUUACUACUACUGCUUUAUUAUUAUUAUUAUUAGGUUUGUGCAACUAUUUAUUUAAGAGAUUACAGUUACGCAAAGGCAAACAUGGAGGUUUUUUCUUUUCAGUUAUUCAAACUGUUCUUGCAGUUAUUAUUAUGAAUACGUUUAUCUGUUUUUCUGAUGGUUAAUUUGAGCUGCAGGACUCUCCAGAGUGGAUGUAAAUACCGUUAUCGUGUGUGUGAUCAGCACUUCUGCCUUGCCUGUGUUCAAGUGUGUGUAUCACACACACACAUGCUCACACACUCAUGUAUGCACACAUGCGCAUGUUCAUACAUGCACAUGUACAGACACACACACACACGGACCUAGAAACACACACACAGACACAUACACACGCACACACACAUAUACAGACACAUACAGACACAUACACACAUACAGACACGUACACACAGACACACACAUACACACACAGACACACACACACACACAUACACACACAGACACACACUCACACACAUGCAGACACAUACACACAUACAGACACGUACACACAGACACACACAUACACACACACAUACACACACACAUGCACACACAGACACACACACACACGCACACACAGACACACACACACACACACACAGACACACACACACUCACACACACACACACACACAUUACCUAAACUAAGGAAAUGAGGAGAUGCUAGCUCAGAGAUCUGAGUGUAAAAGGCUAUCCUCUUUCAGAUCCUUUAAGCUUUAUUUCCAUUCGAUUGUUUUGCUGUUUGUUUACCGAACAAAGAUGUAUAUUCUCAGCUUGUAUUUGAUACCACAGGACAUUGUGCAUGUUUUCUAAACUCUCUGGGCUCCGAUUGGCUUGCACAAGGACCGGAGUACUGGACGAAACCCUGGGCGGCCACGCCACUGGGCUGGGUGGAGUUUUCUGCGCGCAGUGAAGACGGAGAGGGGGCUUCGCGUGUACUUUAGGGGGAAAACGUCGCCGUAGAAGUCUGUAACUCUGAGGCCUGUGGAGCGCGCGCGGUCGGGGGCCCACGAGGACGAACGGAGAACACCUGGACCCCGCGAACAGGAAGUGAUCGCUUCUUCUGGACAAAACUGUUUCCUGCCUCUGCAGACACAGGGAGACGGCCGCCUGGCUCCAUCUCACACAUCUCAGUAAUAUUUCUUGUUUGUAAAUAUUAAAAAAUACAGUCAUUGUGAUCAAAGUAUUGCCAAAAAAAAAAACAAAAAACAACGUGAGAGAGGAACCGAAGGUAGUAAUUUGAGUAACCAAAUAUUUAAAACGAAAAAAAAAAAAAAUGUCUGAAUUGUAUUUUUAUUUUUUUGAGAGCUCUUGCAGUAAAAACGUGUGAGGCGUUU